UCAGUUACACUUUCCAAUUCUAAGCCAAUAACUAUCAUUCCCAUUAAUUAAUAAACAAAACCAUGGUCCAAGAGAAGAAACUAGUGGACGAGGUGUCCGGUUGGCUAAGAAUAUACGACGACGGUUCAGUAGACCGAACCUGGACUGGACCGGACCAGUUUAAGUUCAUGGCUGAACCGGUCCCUCCCCAUGAACAAUUCAUUAACGGCGUCGCCACCCGUGACGUAACCACCAAUUCCGGCCUCCGUAUCCGCCUCUAUGUGCCGGAGAAAACCCCCGAAGAUGGAGACAAACUGCCCAUACUCCUCCACUUCCAAGGUGGCGGUUUUUGCAUCAGCGAACCGGACUGGUUCAUGUACCACGAAACCUACAGCCGGUUUUGCCGGUCCACCCGGUCCAUCAUCCUUUCUCCAUUUCUCCGCCGUGCCCCAGAGCACCGCCUCCCUGCAGCCAUGGACGACGGCUUUGAUACCCUCCUCUGGGUCCAAUCCGUGGCUCAAGCCGGCUCACACGAACCCUGGCUCGAGCAGCACGGAGACUUCAACCGGGUUUUCCUCAUAGGGGAUAGUUCAGGCGGUAACAUAGUGCAUGAAGUGGCGGCACGUGCCGGUUCAGUGGACCUGAACCCGGUUAGGCUAGCAGGAGGAAUCCCGGUUCAUCCCGGUUUUGUCCGAUCGAGCCGAAGCCGGUCCGAAAUGGAAAUGCCUCAGUCACCGUUUUUAACGUUGGAUAUGUUGGACAAGUUUUUGUCCUUGGCACUCCCGGUGGGGUGCACGAAGGACCACCCCUUCACGUGCCCUAUGGGCGAGGCGGCGCCGCCACUUGAGGGGAUGAAACUGCCUCCAAUUUUGCUGUGUGUGGCGGAGAUGGACCUUGUGAGGGACACGGAGAUGGAGUACUAUGAGGCCAUGAAGAAGGCCAACAAGGACGUGGAACUGUUUAUCAGCAAAGGAAUGACGCAUAGCUUUUAUCUGAACAAGGUGGCUGUGGAUUUGGACCCUAACGUUGGUGCACAAAUGGAGGCUUUCAUUCGUAGGGUCAAAGAGUUCAUUGACAAACACUGAAUUGAAUGUUCCACACUUCUACU